AUGGGCCCCCAAGGCGGCGCCAAUGGGGUCAUACCCGUAUCACUUCUACAAAAGAAUCCACCCGGCCAGACUCCCCGCGGCCCCAAAGCUGCCCAGCCGCGUUUGAAGCUCAUCUGUCGACGCCUUCCGCCGGGCCUGACCAAGGCCGAGUUUGAGGCCGUCCUGGGCGCAGAGUGGAAGGUGGGUGCAGGCAAGAUCGACUGGCUCAACUACAGAAAGGGCAAAAUCUCCACUGAUGCCGCCAAGCCGUCUCGCCCAUCGCGCGCCUACAUCCACGUCACCAAGCAGGAACAUAUCAGGGUGUUGGGCGACCUCGUGCUUGCCUCCACCUUCCACGAUGCAACCAAGUCCUGGCAGGACCCCGCGCUGGUCGGUCCUCCCACGCUCGAAUAUGCGCCAUACCCCAAAAUGCCGGGCGGACGAAGACGAAACGACAACAGACAGGGCACCAUUGAUCAAGAUCAGGAAUUCAAGGACUUUCUCGAAAGUCUUACAAACCCCAUCACCAAACCCAUUGCCCCGGAAAAUGACGUGCAGAAAGAUAGGGUGAAGACCACCCCUCUGAUUGAAGCGCUGCGUGAGAAGAAGGCCAAUCGUGAGAAGCCCAACGCCAAGACUGGCCGACAGGCUCGCGCAGACGCCAAAGAGGAUGCUACGGACAAGAAGACAAUGCCCAAGUCUGGCAAAGAAAAUGCUCUGAGCACCGGAGACAAGAACCGGCGCCUUAAUAGGGGCGAAAAGGCCGAAGCAGCAGUAAAAGAAGCCGUUAAAAUCGCCCAUAAGCAGGCAUCAUCCUCCAGGUCUUCUACACCUGGUGCGGCCAACGACAAGAGCUCGGUCAGCCCUGCUCCAGAGCGCAAGCGAGGCAAUGUCGCGACAGUCAAGUCCAUGUUGCAGCGAGACCUUGGUGUCGGCCCGGCCCCGAAUCGCCGGCGUGGAACGAAGCGUGAGGUCGGCCCUGCCGUUCCAGAUGCUGCGUCUCAGGCGAAAGAGGCAGCAACCGUAAACGACAAGGCCAAAGAAGCUCGCACAGCUCAACCUGCUUCUUCUUCCCCCGCGGCGGAUAAGACCUCACAAACACAGAAGAAGGAACGACCAACUCGUGCGGAGCGACGUGCCUUCAAGGCUGGCACAACAGAGAAGCCUGCUGAGAAGACUGCGCCUGGCGAUGCGAAGGUACAGACACCUGCUAAGCAUCCAGCGCCCCAAAUCCUCAAAAAGCCCCAGACUCCUAUUCCACCAAAGGGCCCAGCUGCAUCGCGCGUUCCUCCUACUGAGCCUGCUGCCGCUAGAAACGGUACAGCUUCAGUACAAGCUCAAGGCCUCUCGCAGCAGACCGAAGUUCCAGUUACCCCCCAUGUGACGCCGCUCCCAAGGUCGGCGCCCCCCUCACCAGCCCCAGCGCCCACGAGCAAGCAAGCAUUUUUGAAACAUGCAAACCCAUCACAGGGUAUCACCGAACCCCUUAUUGAAGAGGCGAUGAAGGCUUUUGGAGGCAUUGAUAGGGUCGAAAUCGAUAAACGCAAAGGUUUCGCUUAUGUCGAUUUUGCUGAGCCUGCAGGUCUUCAGAAGGCUAUGGCUGCCAGCCCAGUCAAAAUUGCCCAGGGUGCCGUUCAAGUCCUUGAGCGCAAAGAGAAGAUUGCCAGAGCUCCUCGUUUUAUCCCACCACCAACAGGACCGGUACGCGGUGGUCGGGGAGGAUUGGCACCGCGAGGACGUGGAGGACGUAGCGGUGCUAGGGGUGGCGGCCAUGUUGGCCUUGGUGCGAGCCCUGGCCCUCAGACAGGCGAAUUCACACCCAGUGCAGCAGCCUCUGCGCCUGCGCCUCCUGCAAAUACCACGCCUGCUGCUGCAUGA